UUACAGAAAAAAAAUACUAGAAUCUGGACUUCAGCAUGAACUCAAGCCACACGCAGAUAGACAUCACUCCUCUGUGCUAUGAAUUUGUAAAUGGAUCUUGCCCGAAGGUUGUCUAUCCAAUGUUUUUGAGAGUGUUACUUUACUUGUUCUUUGGUUCGGUGGUGAUUUUAACCAUUUUUGGAAACCUUUUUGUCAUCAUAACUAUUGUUCAUUUUAAGCAGCUGCACAUGCCAACUAAUUAUCUUGUUCUGUCUCUGGCAGUAACUGAUCUGCUCCUGGGUGGAUUUUUUAUGCCUCCUAACAUGCUACACUUUGUGGAGAGCUGCUGGUAUUUUGGCACUUUAUUGUGUAAAGUACACAGCAGCCUUGCCAUUAUGUUGUCCACUGCUUCCAUUAUAAACCUGUCUUUUAUAUCUAUUGACAGAUAUUAUGCUGUGUGUCAUCCCCUGCUGUAUCACAGUAAAAUCACCCCUUUAGUCACAGUGAUCAUGAUUAUCAUCUGCUGGAGUGUUUCGGCUGCAGCUGGGUUUGGAAUAAUAUUUCUAGAGCUAAAUAUUCUGGGUGUUGAGGAGUUUUACUAUGAGAAUAUUGCGUGUGAAGGAGGCUGUGUGAUGUUUGAAAGUCCACCAGCAACUAUUGCUUCAGCUAUUCUUUCCUUUUAUUUCCCAGGUGUCGUGAUGCUCAGUAUAUAUAUGAAAAUAUUCCGUGUUGCUCAAAAGCAAGCAAAGUCUAUUCAGGACGCAAAAUGUACAAAAAACAAUAUAAAAACAAUGUUAAACAAAGAGCAGAGAAAAGCCACCAAAACUCUGGCUGUGAUUUUGGGUGUAUUUCUCUCACUUUGGACACCGUUUUUUGUCUGUUAUAUCACCAAACCUUUUGUUGCAUACUCAGUUCCUCCAGUAGUGUUUGACACACUUGCUUGGAUUGGAAUUAUGAAUUCUACUUGUAAUCCUAUUGUUUAUGCUUUCUUCUACAAGUGGUUUAGAAAAGCAUUCCGGAUCAUUUUAUCGGGUAAAAUAUUUCAGCCCGGGUCUUCAAGAAUGAAUCUGUUUUCAAACUGAAAAAUUAAGCCUAAUUAAGCUAAUUGCGUGAAAUUAAAGAAAACUUCACUUAAAACACUGCACAUUCUUCUUGCAAAAAGCAUGCAAAAAGGUACAUGUCAACUGAACAGAGAUAUACUGUACUCCUUCGCCUUUGUUAAUAUUUGUAAAGUAUAUUA